UGAUGGCUGGGUUUAUGCUUUCCUGUUUAUAAUCAAGAUGAAGUUUUCUAAGAAACUGCCUUUCUAGGAUAUUUUUUGAAAGAAAAUACUUUUUGAGUCCUUCACAUUUCCUUGACAGCAUUAACACAGUUGAUACAGCACAGUCAACUUCUCUGUCAAUGUGCAGAGAAGUGUGCAGAGAAGUGGGUGUAAGUAGGUGCAAACCAGCAGUUAAAGAUUUAUGCUUUUUCUACAGACAAAGAAGAAGCUAAUCUCAUCUUUUUUAUUUUUUUGGGAAAACCGUCUGUCUAACACUUUCAGUAACCGCACACACAUAGGCACACUUGUGUACACACUAACGUGUUGUGCUCACUUUACAAUGUCUGGGUUCGAAACUCGGGCCGCCCAACCACUGAAGACGGGGGACAACAUCUGUCCGCCAUCUUUGUCAGUGCUGCAAGUAUUAUGGAAACACACUCAGAAGUAGUUCAGGAUGGCUCUCAAUGUGCCGGGUCUGGUGGUGAUGGCGGGGUUCUACCUGCUGAUCUUGGGUACGGGCAUCUGGGCGUCCAUGCGUUCCAAGAAGGAGGAAAAGAAGUGCUCAGGAGAUGGCAUGGAGAUAACACUACUGGCUGGACGCAACAUCAACUUGCUAGUCGGCAUCUUCACUCUUACUGCAACGUGGGUGGGUGGAGGCUUCAUCCUCGGUAUAGCUGAGGCAACAUACAACCCAACUCUAGGCGCAGUGUGGGCUCUCAUGCCUGUGCCAUAUGUCCUGACCUUCUUCCUAGGUGGGUUUUUCUUUGCCAAGCCUAUGAGAGAGAACAAGUAUAUGACAAUGAUGGACCCCUUCCAACAUAAAUAUGGGAACGUCCUGAGCACUGCGCUGAUCCUUCCCGCACUGGUGGCUGAUGUCCUGUGGGUGGCACGCACACUUGUCAGCCUGGGUGGAACUAUGAGUGUGAUCCUGGACCUGCCCUACAUCUACUCCAUCAUCAUCUCCUCAGUGGUGGCCAUAACCUACACACUGCUGGGGGGGCUCUACUCUGUGGCCUACACUGAUGUCAUCCAGCUCAUCCUCAUCUUCAUCAGUCUGUGGGUGUGUGUCCCUUUCCUGAUGACAAACCCUCACUCUUUGGACAUCACUCUGACGGCCUACAACGAGACCUUCCAGGCUCCCUGGGUUGGCACAGUGGAGCUCGAUCAGGCCGGCAAGUGGUUUGAUGACUUCAUGUUGUUGGCUCUGGGUGGGUUGGCCUAUCAGGCGUUCUACCAACGAAUCCUGUCCUCCUCAUCUUACACCCAAGCUCAAGUGACCUGCUUCGCCUCUUCAGCCUUCUGCCUGGUUCUGGGUAUCCCAUCCAUUCUGGUGGGGGCGGUGGCAGCCUCUACAGACUGGAACUCAACCAGUUAUGGAUUACCCACCCCAUAUGAGCGCGACCAGGCAGGCUCCAUCCUCCCCAUCGCCCUGCAGUUCCUCACACCGCCCUACAUCUCCAUCAUCGGCAUUGGAGCUGUAGCUGCUGCUGUCAUGUCCUCCAUGGACUCGGCUCUUCUCUCCUCCGCCUCAAUGUUUUCGUCAAAUGUCUACAAGAACAUCCUCAGGAAGCAGGCGUCCGACCGUGAGAUGCAGUGGGUGAUCCGUAUCUCGGUGGUGGUGGUGGGUCUGGCUGGCACUGCCCUCACCUUUCUGGACAACAGCGUCCUGGUCUUCUGGCUUGUGGGCGUAGACAUGUCCUACACCAUCAUGUUCCCUCAGCUGGUCUGCGUCCUCUUCUUCAAGGUGUCCAACGGCUAUGGAGCUACCCUGGGCUACCUGAUGGGAAUCAUCCUGAGGAUCAUGAGCGGCGAGCCCCUCAUUGGCCUCCCGCCUGCCAUCCAUUUCCCUGGCUGCCGUAUGGAUGACGAGGGAAGGCUAACCCAGUUCUUCCCCUUCCGCACCACUAUCAUGGUCCUCUCGCUCUUGUCUAUACUGCUCUUCUCUUGGCUGACGUCCAUCAUUUUCAACAAGGGCAUGCUGUCUGAGAGGUGGGAUGUGUUCAACAUCAAACGCAAGGAGAAACCAACAGCCGGAGCCGCGGACGACGAGCGGACCAACUCUGGUAGCGAAGAACCCUCAGCUGCCAAGCAGCUACUGGACACCACCAGCUGCUGAAGAGGCUCACGAAGAGGGAGAGAAGAUGGGCUCUGGCUGGAGGCGAACAUGUUUGUUUGUCUGCUGAGCAGGCGUUCACAGAGGGGGAACAAAGGCAAAGGCUGGAUAUUGGCAGUAUCACAGUGAAUUUGUAGCAAUAAUAUAGAGAGUGUGCACCUUACAUCAUCACUUGCCUCAUUGUGUUCUACAGAGAAAACAGAGAGAAAACAGGUUAUGUCAGCAAACCAGCCCUAUCCCACACAGCACUGUAUGAUUAUAUUAUAUAUAUUAAGCAGGAUUAAACAUAAGUUAAAAGUUCUCAAUAAUACAACUUCAACAUUUUAUUCAUUAGAUAGUCCUCCCUAAAACAGACUUUUUUAUUUGUACAGAUUUAUACAAAUAUAUUUAUAACACAUUUGACGAACUGAGAUUUAAUUUUCGUCAGACCUGAAUUCAGUUCCCAAAGACCACCGUGCUGUGGCAACACAAAAGACACUCCCAAAGGAUUAGAUAUUGCAUUUUGUAAGAUAGAAUGUUUUGCAUACUCUCUACAAAAUCAGAAACCAUCAAGAUAUCUGCUCCUUCCUUUACUGAAUAAUCAUGAAUCAGCUAGGCCGGCAAGAAACAUGUCUCACUGUGCUGUACUGCACUGCGAGUGCACCUUACUCCUCUCUCGGUGUGAACCUCCGUUAAUGAAUUGCAGCUAUGUGCAGCAUGACAGAGCUCUCAUUCACACCGGAACAAAGAAAUGCCUUCUAAAGAACGCCUGCACGCUCUGCACGUUUCUGUGGCGCAUUUGUGAAAGACAUUUCUUUAUUUAACAGAUCAUUUUAAUGUGAUCUGUUUUCUUCCUUUCUAUAGUUGAUCUGCUGCCUUAAACUCUACUUCACUGUGAUUCUUCUUUGCUUACUUGUUAAUAUAAGAUCAUCAGUUUUCACUUCACACACAAAAAUUGCUAGCACACCAAUGUAAUUUGGUUUUAGAAUUAAAAACUGUGUCGUUUCCUGAUUACCAAACUUCUUAGCUUGCAGCAGUCCACACUCCUGAAGAUGUUUUUUUUAUUUUACAGAAAAAUAAAUCUGUGUGCAAAAAGAGAAAAUCAGAGUUUUGUGAACAUAUCUGUGAAGAUUCAAAGUUAAAUGUUAACUUUCAGAGCAACGUUUACCUCCAUCACUUAAAUAGUGCUCCUUAGACACCAUCAAGUUUAAGACUUUUUGUUUGUAAACCCCCCCAGUAUUGUGACUAAAGGGUGUCACCCUGUGUGACUGCUGCUGAGUUGUGUUCAUUGCUGGUGGCUUUGCUAUUUAAUGAAUAUCAAAAAUCACAAACGGCAACCGAAAAACACAGAAGUGACACAAACACUUUUGCAAUAGUUUUGUUCUUUUGACUAUUUGAAAUGACUGCUUUUUUGUGACUAGUAGCAGGGAGAAGCAAAACUGCAGAACUUGAUCUCCCAGCAUGCCGCAGUUAUUAUUAGCCCAUUCCCUUUACCUGCAACUUACUCACAUGAUGAAUAACUGAAUGUAGCAGUUUGAGAUACACUUGCCAGAUGUAUCCCUCGAUUUCCUCCUCCAUUUUCCUCUGUCUGUGUGAAAGAUGUGCCUUUCAGUUUGAUGGUGACCUUGUGUUGUAUUUUUUUGUUUUUUGUUAUAUACUGUAUGAAAAGCUUUUGUUUACAGUGGGAUCAUUAUUUCCUCUGUGGUGGUGAAGGGUUUGCAGCUAAAUUCUUGAGAAUUUACAUAUAGUUUCACAAUAGUAUACUCCCUUUCUAUAAUUGUAUUUUAUUAGAAAUGUUCAAUGACGACGUGUGUUUUGUUUUACUGAGCCUUAUUGUGGUUUUGAUGAGCAAAGAGAUUCCUGCUAACAACUGAAAUCCUUCCUCUACUAUACUGUUGCUCACAAAAUCACUGGAAUCUUGUCUCACUCCGCUGUCAGUGGUUAUUUACUGGCCAUUAUAAAAGGGGUGUAUACUCUUGACACAAAUGUUCAAAUAACUCAUGGAGUGGUAAUGUUGGCUCUAAGUACACACAACUUUAACCCAUGAUUCUGACUUCUAUCCAAAGAAAACUAUAUGAAUGUAAUUUUCCAAAGAAUGAUUGCACAGAACAAACUGUUCUCAAAACAGGACGCAUUCAGGGCACAAUGCAUCCAUCUUUUUAUGCGUGAUUGUGAUUUCAACCUGUAUAUACUCUUGUAUACUGUAAAGUCCUUAUCAUCAUGAUUUGUAUAUUAACACUUUUUUUUAAUCUAAGCUGAUAGCUAAGUGUUGUGAGUUCUAGAAGAAAACACAAAAGUGUAUUAAGUGUAAGUUAGGGAUGUUUUUAAAGUGAAAUAAAUUCACCUGCAUUUUUCAGAACAUUUAAUAUAACUUCACCUUCACAAAUGUUCAAAUCACUGGGUGGCAGUUUAUUUGUGUCAGCAGUGAUUCUGAACAGCUGUGCGUUGUACACAUAUCACAGGAAAUGCAUGUUACAUACUGCUGAGUGAAAGUAUUGGCCAUUUAGGAUGAACACUCCGGCCUGAUAACGUCUCCAGACAGGAUUUGAUGGAGGAAAACACACCAGCAGUCCUCAGCAAGCCAUCCACAAUUUAAAGGAUGGCAAAGCCUCAAUAACGGAGGGUAUGUUUAUGUCAUCAGUCCAUUUCAUCACUUUUGAGGAGAAAUGUUUUGUUUUCCAUGUGGGGUAAAUCAAGUAUCAUCUAUGAAUGUACUGACAGUUGUUGGUUUUACAAUAUCAAUAGGUAGUAUAUUGUAUUAUCCCCUAAUAUGUUUGUAUACUUAUAUGAUUUACAUUAACAAUGAUGUAUGUAUACUGAACUUUCACUCUUGCCCCAUGGCAAGGUCCUACUUUGUAAUCAAUUAAUGGAAACAUUGUGAGGUGAUGUUCUGUCAGAAUAAAGGC